UAUGGUGAUGCACUGUUUCAUUUUCGCCAAACAUGGUGCUGUGAAUGAUGACCAAACAUCUCCACCGUACUCUCAUCAGACCAAAUGAUAUUUUUUCAGAACAUUUGUGGUUUUUUCAGAUGCAAUUUUGCAAACCUAAGUCAUGCUGGUUUCUUUAUGCUCUUUUCCUAGCCUUCCUUCCAUGAAAGCUUGUUCAGUCUUUUUCUGAUUGUGCAGUCAUGAACACAAACAUUUCGGGCCCUAUUUGAAUGCUCUAAGUGCACAGUCUGAAGCGCAUGGCACAAGGGCAUUUAGGGUAUGUCCAAAUCCACUUUUGCUAGUUUAAUGGUGGAAAAAAAAAGGUCACAGCACCAGGUGCAUGGUUCAAAAGGGUUGUAUCUAGUCUCUUAACUAAUCAUGGCUGUGCUUUGAGCGUAACAUGGAAUAAACCAGCGUGUCAUCUCCCACUCCCUUUAAAAGCCAGGUGCGCUUAUACCUUGACGGAUUGCUAUUAUAAUGGCGAAUUUGCUUAAUAGUAGGAAAGAAUGCUUGUCUGCAGAGGAAAUGGAUCUACUCAUGCAUGAUGUGAAAGCAUGCAAACAGGACAUUUAUGGCAUCAGCAGGAUUCUACCAAAGUUCCUUGAAGUGAAGCAGGUGUGGGAGAAGGCAUCAGUGAGUAAUGGCCUAAUAAAUACAGUGGUAUGCAAAAGUUUUGGCACCCUUGCUGAAAAUGUCUGUUACUGUGAAUAGUUAAGUGAGCAGAAGAUGAACCGAUCACCAAAAGGCAUAAGGGUAAAGAUGACAUUUCUUUAAUAUUUUCCGCAAUAUUACAUUUUUAUUUCCAUCAUUUACAGGUGAGAGUAUGUAGUGGAUUUGGACAUGCCUUAAAUGCCCUUGUGCCAUGCACUUCAGACUGUGUACUUGGAGCAAGGAAGCAAGGCCAAGAACAUUGGAGAUGGAUGCAAGUUGUUUUAUUAUGGAGUCGAUGGAAAGAGAAAUGGUGCUGGUAUUGUUUUGAGGGGAGAGUUGGUGAAGAGGGUGUCAGAGUGAUGGGCAUGAAGUUGGAGAUUCAAGGAGUGGUAAUCAAUGUUGUGUGUGUGUGUACGCCCCACAGGCUGGAUGUGAGAAUGAAGAGAGAGAGUCUUUCUGGGAAAAGAUGGAUGAAGUGGUAGAAAGUAUACCGAGGGAGGAGCGCGUGCUGAUAGGAGCAGAUUUCAACGGACAUGUUGGCAAGGGAAACAGAGGAGAUGAGGACGUGAUGGGCAGAUGUGGUGUAAGCGAGAGAAAUGUGGAAGGGCAAAUGGUGGUUGAUUUUUCAAAGAGGAUGAAUUUGGCAAAAGUCAAUACAUACUUCAAGAAGAAAGAGCAGCACAGGGUGACGUUUAAGAGUGGAGGAAAAUCUACACAGGUGGACUACACACUCUGCAGAAGGGGUAACCUGAAGGAGAUUGGAGACUGUAAAGUGAUGGCAGGGGAGAGUGUAGCUAGACAACAUCAAGUGGUCGUGUGCAGGAUGAGCUUGAAAGUGAAAAAGAGGAAGCGUGAAAUAGUGGAGCCGAAGAUUAAGUGGUGGAAGCUAAGAGAGGUUGAACAUCAGAAGGAGUUUAGGGAAGAAAUGAGACGAGCAUUGAGUGGUCAUGGAAGUCUGCCAGAAGAUUGGGAUACUACUGCUGUAUUAGUAAGAGAGGCAGCAAGGAAGGUGCUAGGGUGGUCAUCGGGAAGGAGGAAGGAAGACAAGGAGACAUGGUGGAACAAAGAAGUGCAGGAAAUUAUAAAAGAGAAGAGGCUAGCAAAGAAGAAUUGGGACGAUCAGAGAGACAAGGAAAGCAGGUGGUUAUACAGAGAGACGAGACAGAAGGCAAAAAGAGCGGUAGCGAAGGUGAAAGCAGAUGCAUACCAGGAGUUGUACGAAAGACUGGAGACCAAAGAAGGAGAGAAAGACCUGUACAGACUAGCUAGGCAGAGAAACAGGGAAACGAGGGAUGUACAGCAGGGAAGAGUGAUGAAAGAUGUAAAUGGAAAUGUACUGACAAAGAGUGUAUUAAGAAGGUGGAAAGAGUACUUUGAGGAUUUAUUAAAUGAGGAGAAUUCAAGAGAGAAAAGGUCAGAUUCAUUGGAGACAGCGAAUCAGGAAGCAGAGUUGGUAAAUAAGGACGAGGUGAGGGCAGCCAUGAAAAGAAUGAAGACUGGGAAAGCAAUCGGACCAGAUGGUAUCCCGAUUGAGGCUUGGAGAUGUUUGGGUGAGACGGCUGUGGAGUUCCUAACGAGGUUGUGUUUGUUUGCUUGUUUAAUAAGAUCCUAGAGAAUGAGAAGAUGCCAAAUGAAUGUAGAGUGUGUGCUAGUCCCAGUAUACAAGAAUAAGGGAGAUGUACAGAGCUGCAGUAAUUACAGAGGAAUAAAACUGAUGAGCCACACCAUGAAGCAAUGGGAAAGGGUAUUGGAGGCGAAAUUGAGAAGAGAGGUAGCAAUCUGUGAACAGCAAUACGGGUUUAUGCCAAGGAAGCGUACGUCGGAUGCAAUUUUUGCUUUAAGAAUGUUAAUGGAGAAGUACAGAGAAGGCCAGAGAAAGCUACAUUGUGUUUGUAGACCUGGAGAAGGCAUACGAUAGAGUGCCGAGAGAUGAGUUAUGGUAUUGUAUGAGAAAGUGUGGAGUGAAUGAGAAGUAUAUUAGAGUGGUGCAAGACAUGUAUGAGAACAGUGAAACAGCAGUGAGGUGUGCAGUUGGAACAACUGAAUGGUUCAAGGUGAAGGUGGGACUCCAUCAAGGAUCUGCUUUGAGUCCUUUCUUGUUUCCCAUAGUGAUGGAUAGCUUGACGGACAAAGUGAGGCAAGAGUCACUAUGGAACAUGAUGUUUGCGGAUGAUGUGAUAUGUGGUGAAAGGAGGUUGAGUUGGGUUUGGAGAGAUGGAGGUAUGCAUUGGAAUGAAGAGGAAUGAAGGUGAGCAGUAGCAAAACAGAAUACAUGUGCAUCAAUGAGAAUGGGGAUGAGAUUGUAGUGAAGAUGCAAGGAGUAGACAUAAAGAAAGUUGGUGAAUUCAAGUAUCUGGGGUUAACUGUGCAGGAAAAUGGGGGCUGCGAUAGUGAGGUGAGAAAGAGAGUGCAGGCAGGGUGGAGCAGUUGGAGAAGGGUUUCGGGAGUCAUUUGUGAUAGGAAAGUCCCAGCAAAAGUGAAAGGUAAGAUGUAUAAGACAGUAGUGAGACCAGUUGUGAUGUACGGAUUGGACACCGUACCCUUAACAAAGAGACAGGAGGCAAAGUUGGAGGUGGUGGAGUUGAGGAUGUUAAGGUUUGCAAUGGGAGGUUGGACAGGAUAAGGAACGAGCACAUCAGAGGGACAGCACAUGUGGACAGCUUGGGAAUUAAGCUAAGAGAGAUGAGACUGAGAUGGUAUGGGCACAUCCUGAGAAGAGAUGUAGAGCAUGUGGGAAGGAGAAUUUUGAGGAUGGAGCUGCCAGGCAAACGAAAACGAGGAAGGCCAAAGAGGAGAUACAUGGAUGUGGUGAGAGAGGACAUGAAAGUGGCAGGUGUGGUGGAGAAGGAUGCGGAAGACAGGGAGCAAUGGAGAUGAAAGAUCCGCUGUGGUGACCCCUAAUCAGGAGCAGCCAAAAGAAGAUGAUUUCCAUCAUUUACAGAUUAUAGAGCAAUACGUCUGUGAAUUCAUGAUGCCAUCAUUGAAAUGCAGCUCCCCGACACCAGCAGCACUCAUGCAGCCCCACAUAAGGACACUGCCACCACCAUGUUUCACU